AUGACAGACACAGAACUAGAAUCCAUCCUGAGACACCUCAGAUGGUCGCCUGAAAGACUUGCGUUAUUCCUCUCUGUAAGAGGAUUGAAUACACCUGUUGGCAUCUCUAAAAAUGACUUGGUUCAAUUGGUUUUGACAAGCAAGGAUGUACCAAUUGUUAGUGUUAAGGCAUCCAAGCCUAUCUUCUUUGCCCUGUCACAUGAACAACUCCUCGAUUAUCUUCGAUUCAGGGGCUACAUUAUCAUGACUAAGGGCAAGAUCAAGAUAGGUGUUCCAGAGGCAUAUGUCGCCUUCCAGGAGGAGCAACUUCUGAAGGGUGCUAUCGAGGACUUUGAGAAAAACUACCGUGAUCACUCUGAGGAUAUAGACUUUUCUCUUCUGAGAGUUCUCAAACAGAAAUACUUGAUACCUAGGGUCGACACUGAUGAGGUAGAGGAUUACGACUCUACAGCCUACCAGCUUAAAAAUGUAGAAUUACUGCUGCAGAAGUUUGGUGUUGCUUCUCUUCCUUAUUCUUCUGUUGAAGAGAAGUUCAGUAUUGCCAAGAAUUCCAUCAACUUCUUCGGAACUGGAGAAGUUUACUAA